UUCUGUCUUCUUCUUGCGUUGUUCGGUUGGAAGACUGUUGCAGAACAGUCUGAAUCCGACUCGUUCCUUCUCAAGUUUUGCAUUUUAAUUAAAAAUUGUUGUAACAAACUUAUUAAUUUAGGAUGGCUUCGACUCCACACAGCAAGAAGCGUGUCUGCUAUUACUAUGACAGCGACAUUGGAAACUAUUAUUAUGGGCAAGGACAUCCCAUGAAACCGCACAGAAUAAGGAUGACUCAUAAUUUAUUGCUGAAUUAUGGACUUUAUCGCAAAAUGGAAAUCUAUAGGCCACAUAAAGCUACAGCAGAAGAAAUGACGAAGUUCCACAGCGAUGAUUAUAUCAGAUUCCUGAGGAGUAUUCGACCAGACAAUAUGUCAGAAUACAACAAACAAAUGCAACGUUUCAAUGUGGGUGAAGAUUGUCCGGUUUUCGACGGACUCUACGAGUUCUGCCAGCUGUCGGCGGGUGGCUCAGUGGCUGCUGCUGUCAAGCUCAACAAGCAGGCGUCGGAGAUCUGCAUCAAUUGGGGCGGCGGACUGCAUCAUGCUAAAAAAUCAGAAGCCUCAGGGUUCUGUUAUGUGAAUGACAUUGUUCUGGGCAUCCUUGAACUGUUGAAAUAUCACCAGCGUGUUCUUUACAUCGAUAUCGACGUGCAUCACGGGGAUGGAGUCGAGGAAGCAUUCUACACAACCGACAGAGUUAUGACGGUCUCAUUCCACAAGUAUGGAGAGUACUUCCCGGGAACUGGCGAUUUGAGAGACAUUGGUGCCGGCAAGGGCAAGUACUAUGCAGUGAACAUCCCGCUGCGAGACGGCAUGGAUGACGAGAGCUAUGAGUCGAUAUUCGUGCCGAUCAUCUCGAAAGUGAUGGAGACAUUCCAGCCGAGCGCCGUCGUGUUGCAGUGCGGUGCCGACUCGCUCACCGGCGACCGACUCGGCUGUUUCAAUCUCACUGUUCGAGGGCACGGCAAAUGUGUGGAGUUUGUGAAGCGGUACGGCCUCCCGUUCCUGAUGGUGGGUGGAGGCGGCUACACGAUUCGCAACGUGUCGCGCUGCUGGACGUACGAGACUAGUGUCGCACUGGGCACCGAAAUCGCCAACGAACUGCCCUACAACGACUACUUUGAGUACUUUGGGCCCGACUUCAAGCUGCACAUCUCGCCCUCCAACAUGGCUAACCAGAACACGUCUGAGUACCUCGAGAAGAUCAAAACGCGCCUGUUUGAGAACCUGCGAAUGCUUCCGCACGCACCGGGCGUGCAGGUGCAAGCGAUUCCCGAGGACGCGGUUCGCGACGAAUCUGACGACGAGGACAAAGCGAACCCCGACGAGCGACUGUCGCAGGCCGCGCAGGACAAACGCAUCGCGCCCGACAACGAGUUUAGCGACUCUGACGACGAGGCGACGGCAGGCGGUUCCGCUUCUAGUGCCGGAGCCGGCGGCGGCCGACGCGACCAGCGCUCUUUCAAGGGCCGCAAACGUCCGCGUCUUGACGCUGCUUCCGCCUCCGCUUCCGCCUCCAAGGCCGCCCCAGGCGCCGCUCAACCCUCCACCGCUGCCGGUUCAUCUGCGUCUUCCGCUGCCGCCUCCGAUGCAGCCGCCGACGUCAAGACCGAGGAUGUCAAGCCUGAAAUCAAAGAAGAGAAGGACGAAAAAGUGAGUGAAGAUUCAAAAGCCAGUAUAGCACCUUGAAGAGAGUCGAGAUUGCAGCAUUAAGUCGACUAGUUUUAUAUCGGACAAUUUAUUGGUGUUUUCAUCUGCCAGUGAUCUCGGUGUGAAAGUGUUUACAACAAAUUGUUCGAACUUCUCAGCAAUUGACUUCUAGAACACUGGAAUCUACAUUUAUAUCGGACAAUUUAUUGGUGUUUUCAUCUGCCAGUGAUCUCGGUGUGAAAGUGUUUUCAACAAAUUGUUUGAACUACUCAGCAAUUGACUUCUAGAACACUGGAAUCUAUCUUCAAACGACUUUCUCUUUCAUUCAUUCUCAGAGAUAACUGAGUCUCAUAAUUUUAAAAGCAUUCUGUUACACAGUUUGUUGAAACAAUUGCAUUUGAAACCAAAGUAGAUAAUACUGUUUUGAUAUUGUAGCUAUACUUUAGUGAAUUUUACACUGUUGCUAUCAACAAACUUCCUUUGAAAUCUUGCGGAUUUUCAUCGUUU